GGCGAUACGAGGGCGGGCCAACACAAUCCAGAAAAAGAUCACACACCGGUGGCCGCCAUGACAACAGCCAUCAGGGAGUGACCAUCAAACUUAUUUUUAAAAGGUGCGACGGCCUUGCGACGCCGCCCAGUUGCUCCCAGCGGCUGCUUUGCGUCGUUGUUGCUGCCGUUGCGCCUCCCCGGACCACCAUCGAGGCCACACACUGCGCGAGCUCUCUACUUCAAACAACACGGCACACAACUCUUCUCCCCAGCGACGUCGGCAAAGGCUGCGACAAUGGCUCCAAAGGGUGGUCGUGGAGGCGGUGGUGGUGGGAGGAGCAGAGGAUACGGAAGCUCUUCGAGCUGCCCCGAAGGCUUCAGUGACUCCGUCACCAUCGCAUACUUCGUCUUCUACAUCGUCUUUUUCCUCAUGAUCCUCUUCAUAAUGAUGGCUGCGGCAAGAACAAGGAAGCGCCACCCUCAUGCGAAGAAACUGGUCGGUUGGACCUACGGCACCGCCCUCUUCCUUUAUGCCAUCGGCUACGGGCUUUUUAUUCUCGGCACCUGUCUCCGAGAGUGCCAGGUCGGUGACUAUAUCAACGACUACCUUGCCAUAGCCAUCACCGCCGGAGUGCUCCUCCCACUAGCCGAGUUUUUGUUGCUUGUCCUGGUCGUCUGGAGCUUGAACAAGGCGCUUCGCGACCCCUUGGGUGGGCGACAGUUCCUCUUCAAAAUCAGCUCCGCUGCCAUGCUCGCCGUGGUUGGCUGCAUCACCUGCGCCGUCAUUGGUCUUUCGUCCUACAACACCUGGACUGCGACGGACGACGGACGGGGCUCUGACCCGCUCAACUCGGAGAUGCAACAGCUCAGUUUGGCUUACUAUAUCCUCUAUCUGCUUGCGUCUGUGACUGGCUCCGCCAUCUCGGUCGUGACCAUUCUGGCACUGCGUUCUCACGGCCGCCCCGCUGGGAAACUGAUCGCCUGGGUCAUCGUCCUUGGAGUCUCCAUGUUCUUUUGGCUCCUCCUCGUUCUCAUCCAGCUUGGCUCGACCUUGGGAGACACGUUCAACGUGUGGAGCGUCGAAACAUACGAGGCCUUUGCGUUUCUGAUAGGCUUCUUCCAGAUCUUCUCCCUCAUCGUCAUCCUCCACCUAUCCAAGUCGGUGGAUUCCAAGCCCGGGGUUGCCCAAGAAGCCUACAAUCAGCCAACAUACACGAAUACUGCCCAGCCCGCACACGCUCAACCCCAAUUUGUUCGGCCGCAGCCGCAGUACGGAGUGAACCAGGGUCCAUCACCUCAGCAGCAGUACGGAGUAAACCAGGGCCCACCACCUCAGCAGCAGUACGGAGUAAACCAGGGCCCCACACCUCAGCAGCAUUACCCCUACAACCAUACGGCCCAAACCCCGGCUUUGCAGAAUUAUUACACUGUACAACAACCAACAACCUCUGUAUAACGGAUCUGCAUCUGCGUCCGAUAUGAGGUCGUCCUGGGCGCUUCAACAGGCUGGCGGGCUUAUCGCCUCUAGUCUUGAGGGGGGCGGCAAAGCAACUUGUCCUGACGAAAGACUGAGCGCGCUUGCGUUAUAUCUCACCAGGUUCAGAUGUUUGCUCCCGUCUUUGACCAGCACAAAUGGCAAUUCCCCCGACUGUUUUCAAAGCAUUUCUUUCAAUCAAUCAGCGUUAGAUACCCAUAUAUUAAUCGUCGUCCAAAUUCCAUAAUAUUCUCCGCCUGACGGAUGCUUGAG